AUGGCCGACAAAAUCGUCUGCGUCGUCGCUUACCCGUCGACCACAAAGGACGGCAAGCCCGCCCGCUUUGACAUGGACUACUACCUCAAGACGCACAUGGGCGAGAUCAUCGAGCGCGACUGGAAACCGUUUGGCAUGGGCAAGUGGACCGUCGCGGCCAUGGGCGCCGAGGACUCCCUCGACGGCAAGAGACCCCCUUACAUGGUGACGGCGACGAUCGAGUGGGACCGCCUCGACGACCUGAAGCAGGCCCUGGCCAAGGGCAGCGAGGCCUCGGGCAAGGACGUCGCCAACUACACCGACGUGUUUCCCGAGAUCUGGGUCAGCCGGGUCACGGGCACAAGCAGUUAG